CGAGUUAGCCAGAACUGGACAAUUUUUUAAACGCCCCCGAGCGGCAAAACGACAGCGAUCGCGAUGAUGGACUCAUCCACGGACCAGCACCAACCGCAGCAGCACGAACACGUGCAUGAACACCCGCAAACUCACGAAGACGGCGACCACGAAAUUGACGGGGAUCAUGGUGUGGAUGACGCUUCCACUGAGACGGUGGAAAUCGCAGCUGACGGCGCAGACAUUGGCCCCGUUGGAGUAACAUAUAUGGACGCGCAGCAGCUGCAGGAGGCCUUUGACGCCGUGCACCGUCGUUUGGAUGCGUUGGAAGAAACGGUGGAAUCGAUUCCCGAUCGUAUUUGGAGCGCACUUGACGGCCGAGUCGGUGUGACGCCGUCCGGUAUUGGGGUUACGAACGUGAUCAACUUGGCGAUCAAGGCGCUCACGGAUGCGAUUUUGAUCUCGGCUGGACCGGACCGGUUCCAGAAGCAGCGUAAAGGCAACGCGAACGUGCGCGGUGACGUCGCCUUUGACGCUCGCAAUAACGGAAAAAAGUUAAAGACGACGCGCAUGAAGCGCGGUGACCAUCCCGACAGCAGUCCGUCCACGUUGUUGCUACUUUCAAACGCAGGCAACCGACCGCAACUAUCCAGUCCCAUCACGAUUCCAAACACGCGUCGUCAUCCCAAGGUUGAAGUGCCUGCGGAAAUGCCUCGCUUCACAUGGUCUGAUGGAUCCAAGCAGUUUGCGCCUCAGGGAUGGCUGUUGCCAACAACGUCGUCGCGCGCAAUGUGGGAGCUCUGGUUUGCCGGCGAUGAGAACGUCGGUCCGUUUCAGCACUUGACUGCCAAGGACCUAGAAGAUGCGACGUCCAAGGUCAAUUUGAGUUGCGCGCGCGGCGUGAUGGUGACCUUGAUCCAAAUCGCGCUCGACCAGAACUUGGUCCCGACCGUCGAGUACAUCUCGACCAUGACACCUGCGGACCGCGCCAACCUGUUUGACCAAGUCUUUCCCCGAUUGAUCCAGAACGAGCCCGCAGACGUUGUCGAGAAAGCGCCGACGUACACAUAUACGAACGCGUACAAGCGACUGAUUAAGGGCAAGCGCAAGGCGCAGCGGUCGGUUGGAUUCGACAGCUCCGGACACAAGUUGCCCAACUUGCAUCCGGGCGGCCACGGCAUCGGGCAUGGAACGAACGCGCCAGAGUGGGAAUUCCCUGCCACCAACUGCAAGACGAUGUGGUAUUUUUGGUUCAAGGGCGACGAGUCGAACGGGAUCGGUCCGUUUCGGCACUUUCGCCCCCGGGAUAUUGACAAGGACGUGACGGACGGCCCGGCGCGGCGCCAAUUCUCCCGUGCCCGCGGCGUCAUGGAAAAGCUCAUCGAUAUUGCCGUCACUCACGGGUUUGCCGUGUCUGUGGACGAGCUCGACCACAUGACGAUUGCAGAGUUGGAAGCAGUAUUUGACCAGGCAUUCGACGUGCUCAUGCACGACAGUCCCGAAGGCAGUCUGGUCGGCGACGCCCCCGGUCAGCUCCGCGCUGAAAAGAUGGCUGGGUACUCGUACGGGACCGUGUACAGCGCGAUGGCACAGCGCAAGCGAAAACGUGCUGACGAUGAAACCAGCCAAUACGAACUAUAAACCACGUCUUUCAGAAAGACGUGCCAAGCAACCGAUGUAAGGAUAAAUGGACGGGGGUCGAUGCAUGUGCGUGCAUUGCAGGCACCAAGCGAUACGAUCCAUCCCAUCGCCGCUGCA